UUAUCUCUUACUUGUUACUCUUGUUAGCAUAAAUAGAGGGAUAAUUAAGACGCUUAAUUAAACCAUUCGGAAGUCCUUGGAAUUUGUGAUUCUGGGAUUUUUUUUAAUCAUUUAGAUGGGUAGAGUUCAAUCGUUGGAGUAAUUUUCAAUCUCACGCAUUGUCGUUGGGUAUAAUUUGGAGGUUCCAGAUAACGAUACGUUAAAUCGAGGAAUUUUCAGCGGUUUAAAAUAAAUAGUUGAUUCUGCUGAUAUGAUAAGGGAUUGUUUGUGAGCCCGAAAAAAAAUCUAGUCCGUACGCAAACUCAUUAAAUAAAUUUGUUUACUGUCAAGUUAAAAGAUGACGCAUGUUUCUCAACGAUGAUGACGCGCCAAUAAGAGCUAAAAGAAUGACGUGAGCUCUGGUAAUUGACCGUUCUGAGUCACCCCUUGUUCGUAAUUGAGAAAAAAUCAUUGAAUACAUUAGCAGCGAUAAAAUGGAAUCAAUAGAUUAUUCAACGGGUAAAAUGCCCUUUCGAUAAAUUUUUUUCUUCAUACCUCGGUCGAAAGUACGUACUUCCUGCUGCGAUUUCGAAGCAGAAAGUCUAUGUUUCUUGCAUCGGCAAGCUACGCAUCUGCCCUCUACAACAGCGGGAGUAAAAACUUACUCGUGUGCAUCGAUACUCAAUACACACGAGACUCCCAUUAUAUUCCCUCCCUGCGGUUCGCGGCACAUCUCCCCAUAACCUUAUAGUUCGUUUCCUGGUGUUAAACUUAGUGAAUAAUCAUAAUUGAGGUGAUAAGUGUUGCAAAAGAAAAAAAGCAAUGAGCGAAAUAUCAUCAUCGAACGAAUCGACGGACGAAGAAGAAGUCGACAGAAAUUUCGAAGCAGAAGCAAGAUUAAUCGUCGAAACUGACACCUUGCCAAAAAAAUCUGCUGAGAGAUACAUGCUUGUGUACGAAGCCUAUAAUAAAUGGAAAGUAGAAAAUAAAAGUGCCUUAUCUCAAUCUGAGGAGAGUAAUCUCAUUGUAUAUUUCAAAGGGUUAAGUCAAAGGCUAAGUCCAAAUACUCUAUGGAGUAUCCAUUCUAUGCUGAAAACGACUUUGAAUACCAAAAAUAAUAUUGACAUAAAUAAGUUUUAUAAAUUGAAAAGCUUGAUUAAAACUAAUUCCAAAGGUCACAAACCAAAAAAAUCCCUAGUAUUAACGUGGAAUGAAGUUAUCGAGUUUCUCACGAAUGCGCCGGAUCACGUAUAUUUAGCUUCGAAAGUUAUCCUCAUUUUUGGUAUUUGUGGAGCUACCAGGUGCGAAGAACUGAAAGAACUUAAAGUUGACGACGUACAAGACCUCGGUGGCAAAUACCUGGUUUCGAUAAAUGAUACGAAGAAUGAUCUGCCUCGUAAAUUUUUAAUUGGAGAUCUUUUUUAUGAAAGAGUUAGAAAAUAUAUAUUACUAAAGCCUGCUGACUUUGACACUACGAGAUUUUUCAUCCAAUAUCACAAUGGUAAAUGCGAACGUCAAGUGAUAGGCAGAAAUAAAAUUGGACUAAUUCCGAGAUCUAUUGCUUCGUAUUUAAAAUUGAAUAAUCCAAGCCGAUAUACUGGGCACUGUUUCCGUAGAACUGCAGCUACACUGUUAUCUAACUCCGGAGCAAACAGUACUAUGCUCAAGCAAUUAGGAGGGUGGAAAUCAACUGGUAUCGCAGAAGGAUAUGUUGAAAACUCAUUGAGGAACAGGCAAAAAAUUUUUGACAACAUAACUCAUGCGGGUAUAUGCAACACUCCAUCAAGCCCUCAGCCAUCUACGAGUAGGAACAGUGCAGCUAACGUGAUGAAUAUCACUAAAAAUGAAGAGUCUACAGAAAUGAAAGUCGACAAUGAUUAUUUCUUAGAGGAGUUUGACAUAGAUAAUGAAACUCUAGCAGAAAUCGAGAGAUCGGCUCUGUCAGAGAUACCAAAAUCGACGAUGCCUUCUUUUACUACAGGAAAUCACCAACGAAUAAUUUUAAAUUCCAAUCGUCAAUCCACAAAACCGACACAUUUCCUGAAAAAACCACCAAUUUCUGUUUUUUCGCAUGGAAUCGAAAAUGAACCGCCAAUAAAAAAAAAUAAAGUCGAGAAAAUGACAACUCACACAAAUACCCAUACAUCGGAAUUUACUAAUUCAUUUGCAACUAAAAAUCCAGGUGUAAUAUAUCAUAACUGUGUAUUUAAUGGCAAUAUUAUUAAUAAUUUUUCUUCAGCAAAUAGUCAAGAUGAACAUAAGGGAAAAAAUAUUUGAUGUGUUGGAAGCGAUUCAAAGCAAAAGAUGUAAAUUUCCACUAUCAGUAUUUUGUUGUAAAACACAUGAAAUAUUAAGAUUUUAUUAUUAUUUUUAUAAAACUAUUACGAUGUAACGAGUAUAAAACAGUUGAAAAUAACUGUUAAAACACAACUAAUAUAAUUGUUCUGGUUAUGAUGCAAAUAUAAAAUGUUUAUAAAAUUA